AUGGACUCGAAUUCGCCCUACGAUUCGGAACUUGACGAUCAGGAGGUGGAGGCCUGUGCCCCGAAGGUACACGCCGAAACCAGCGACCACAGCAGAAACAUGACGGACUCUGAACAGGGGUCGGAGGCUUCCGCAACCUCUGCGUUGCCGGAUAAGGAGGUUCGACCCAAACCUACACGAAAGCGCCGGAAAGAGAUUGCCUCUCUGCAUGAGAACUCUUCUCUUUCGGAGGAGGAAGUGGCCCCAGCGCCUAAAUUCAGUACUGCCCGCCGCGGUAAGAAGACCGGCAGUGGCCAGCGGGCCCAAGAUUAUUACAGGAGGGUGGAGGAGCUGGAGGAGCUCGACUUUAAUGCCGACCUCGAUAGGAGGGCCAAGGCCAGUCUGGUCCGCCGAGAAAAGAGUCGGGCGGGCUCUGUCUCGCCGAACCUUGAGGAUCCCAAGUCCAAGGUGGACUAUGAGAGGCUGGACCUGGAGCAGCUGAGGGCUCGCGGGGGACUGUUCGUCUCCGAGAUCGCCCGCGUCUCUCAGAUAUCCGGACGUCUACAGGGUCCCCUGAAAGGAGCCCUCAACAGGUCAGCGGAUAACCUCGCCGGCAUCCUCGACCAGCUGGCAGCCCGCUCCGAGACGGAGGAAAACCGCCGGCUGAGGAUCGACAACGCCAACUUGAGGCGGGAAAUGGAAAGUCUCCAUGUGGAGAUCCGCGCCCUUAAGCGCGAGAUGGCGGAGUUGACUGCCAAUGUCGGCAUAAGGAAUGCGACGCCCCCGCCGGCAGUCAACGAAGACGAUAUGGAGGCCCAGGCUCCCGCGAGAGACCCCCUCCCCCAGGGCGCAUUAUGCGCCCAAUCUAUAGAGGAGCUCCUGCAGAUGGCCUGCCAAAGAGCUAUAGACUCGGCGGCCAAGCUCAUAGACGCCAGAAUCGGAGACCUGGAGAGCCGUCUGCCGCCCCAGAGGACCAUCCGCCCCCCACUAGCGGCGGACUCAAGAACUGCCCCGGCCCCUACGGCAAGCUCAGCCCCUGCGGCAGGGCCAGCUCCUGGACCGAAGCGGAAACGCACGGCGGCUAAGCCGCCGCCCCCAUCCCAGCCGGAGCCGGUGGCUUCCAGCCAAGAGGCCCGGGCGAUUCCCUCGACUGCCCCACCAACGGAGACAUGGGCCACCGUGACGCGGCGGGGGAAAAAGGGUAAACCCCGGUCUGCGGCAGCUUCCCAGCCGGCCCAUGCACCCAAGACGGCCCCGACGGCACCCAAGCCCAAGCCGAAGGUGAAGUUAACCCCUCCCCGCAGCGCAGCCAUUGUUGUGACGCUGCAACCUGAGGCGGAGAAGAGAGGGGCAACUUACAAGAAGGUGCUCACCAAGGCCAAGGCUGCAGUGGACCUAGCCGAGUUGGGAAUCCCCAACAUCAAGGUCACCGACUCGGCGACCGGAGCCCGCCUAAUUGAGGUACCAGGCGCUGAGUCCAAGGACAAGGCAGACAAGCUGGCCAUUCAGCUGAGGGCGGCUCUCGGUGGCGACGUUAUCGUCACCAGGCCUGAAAAGCGCGCAGACAUGCGCAUUAUCGGCCUGGACGAAUNAAAUUAA